AUGCUGACUGUCGGUCGCUCUGCGAUGAAAGACAGGUCUACCGCGCAUCUUCGAAUUUAUGUUGCCGGUAUUAUGGAAGAAGACUCAUCUGUUGACGAAGUGUACAAUCACUUUAUCCCAUAUGGACCUAUUGAUGGAAUCGUUAUUAACAGGAUAUUCGGCUUUGUACAGUUUCGAAAUGAAUCAAGUGCUCAAGAUGCAAUAGCUAAAGCAAAUGGCUCUAUAUUCAAAGGACGGAAACUGAAUGUCAAAUCAGUUUUGAAAAACGAUAAACUUCAGAGUGAGAUGGUUCUGAUACAGCCAGAUGUACCUCCAGCUGUUGCUCUGAAUGAUAAUCUUCCAAUGGCGGUAGAAGAUAAUCCAGAUGAUCUCUAUGAUAACCAAGGGAACUAUGUUGGAGAAAAAGAAGAAGAUAUGCAUGAAGAGAUUUAUAAUAGGAGUUGGAAUGACAACCGUGAGCCCCCAGGCAUGAGAGGCAGGGGACGUGGGGGGCCGAGGGGUCGUGGGAGAGGACGCGGUGCUCCGGCCUUCCGUGAGAGAUCUCCGGGAAGAGGUGAAUGGCAAGAAAGAGAACGCUUCGAACGGUAUCAGGAAUAUCCGCGGAAACUGCCAGUACCAGAACGUAAUGAUUGCGAGAUUAUUGUUGUAUCGAAAAUGCUCACUGAAUAUGCCGAAUACAUUGAGGGUAGAUUAAAAAGGCUUGGAAUAGUCGUUGACCUUUUGUUUCCAAUGGAAGAUGUGCCAAUUGGCAAAGUAUUGGGAAAUAUUGCCUCCCGAGGCUGCCUUUAUGCAAUACUUGUGAUGCCACAGAAUCAAGAACAUAGGUCAAUGACACUUACUAUUUUACAUGGAUUGCCUCAAGAGCACAGAAACAUGCCCCUAGAAGAUGCGUUACAAUUAAUAUCAAGGAACUACCAAGAGGUACAGCGAGGAGGUCCCUCAGGAAGAGAAGCUGUGUAUGCUUUACUUGGACAAUUGGCUGAUGGAAGAAACUUAACUGUGAUGCAGUAUGAUAAAGUUCUUGAAUAUUUACAGGAAAAGCGAGGACAGCAAGUAAAAAUAGAGUUAGGUGAGCCCCUAGCACCGGCUGCACCAACUAAUAAGACACAAGUGGACUUGCAACAGAGAAUUCUCAGCAUUCUUAAUGAUAAGAAGGAAGUGCAGCCCCCUAAAAUCGCACCACCAAAACCUGACAAAGCCCAACUAUUCAAUGACCCAACCGUAAGAAAGGCCCUAGAUAGUAUUUUGCACAAAUUUGUUUAA